UGAAAGGAUACACGGAAUGACCGGUGCAGCAGUCUUACCGCCAGCUAUGUGCGGUGAAGCAGACUAGAGAGGCGGUAGGAAAUGUCUAGGCUGAGCACCUUUGCACGAUGUCUUGCCGUCCCGACAGAUGGAGCUUUACGCUUACAUGUGCCGGGUGCUUUGCGAGGAUAUAAGACUGCAAGAUAUCGCCCGUUGUUGAGUGACGGCAUCAGCAUCCUGCACACACUCGGACAUACUCCAUAUCAACAAACACUAUCGAACAGGCAUAUAGACACACCAACGUAUUCGUAAAUUGGUGCUCGAUUUACGCUUUUCAUCCAACAUAUCCCUCUUCACUUUAGCAAUGUGCCUCCAUAUCAGUGCCAUGUGUCCGAAGACAAAGACAAAGUCCAGGGCUGACACUCGCAAAUCGUCUAAGAAGACUAAAUGUCGCGAGUGUCGCGAAUGUCACGGUCACGCGAUACCAACAUUCAUCAAAGAAACCCCCGUCACUAUGUACACGAAGCAAUCGCCAGUCAUCAGUCAGAUACAGACUGGGUACUAUCACGGUCAUGUGUACGGCUAUGGGGAUCCAUCCCCCUGGGAACAUAGCAAUCCCGCGAUGAUCUCUAACAAGCAGUGGCGGGAUCAAACACAGGCGGCGCAAAACGCGUAUGCUUCGGCACAAGAGAAUGGGACCAAGAUUGACAAUGCGAAGGGCGCAAUCACGAGUGAUAUCAAUGAGGCGCAGAAGGCCAUCCAGGAGACUCACGCUAGUGUCAACGUGACAGAUUCUCACGUCAAAGACACACGAGACGCAGUCGACCUGGCGCAAGUUAGCAUCAAGGAAACCCAACUUGCUGUCCUCAAGACGCAGGAUACCAUCAAUGACAACCACGCGGAACAAUUAAGUAAGCAGGAAGCUUGCGCGGCCGAUGUUGCAAGGGUUCGGCAGUUACUGGAAGAGGAAGCGAAGAAGCGCGAGGAGGCACACCGAGUGGAGGAGAUGGUGCGGUAUGCGCAGAGCCAAGGACUACUCCAGACACACGCGCCGGUUCACCAAUGUCAGGCUUCGACGAGCAGCAGCCCGGCCACUUCGGUGUCUUCCAGUGCACAAGAGCAAGGACGGCAGAGCAGCAGCCGCAGGGACGAAGAGUGGGAGGCAGAAAGGCGCAGGCAGUUGAAGCGUGAUUGGAAACGGGAACAGCUUGAACAUCACCAGUGGGUAUGUUACUCGAAGGCGAUGGACGCGCGACUGCGGCUCCAGGCGGAACAAGAGCGCUGCGCACGAGUCGAGGGCGAGCUUGACUCCCUGCGGCGGUCCCAGCACCCACGAUUCCCAUUCCCGAGCGGAUACCCCUGCGACGAUGUCAUGGAGGCGCCCCCAUACAACACAUAUCUAUACCCCGAACCCGCUCCCGGCGGUAGCGCGGGGCUUGGCCAUAGAGGCGGCGCUCGCACACAACUUCCUCGUCGAGGACAUUUCGGGUGUGGAGGCGAGAGAAUGUGGGACUAAAGUGCCAGGUGUGCCGUCUACUUGCUUUAGUAGUGUAGGCCAAUCUAUCUAUCGAGCGUUGGUGGGCAUCGGCUGCAGUUGGCCAGCUCGGGCUACGUGUUAGGUACGGUAAAUACAUGAUAGACGAAGGAUUUACCACUUGAGCAUACUUGGGUGCUCGCUCAGCGCCAGGUAAGCAUGGAAAAAGCGAUGGCAGUGGUGUGUCAGUGGAGGCGAAAUGUGUUGUCUGUACGAUACGAAGUACUUUGUUGGUCCUGCAGAGUCCUGUAAGCGCCCUUUAAGCAUUGGUUAGGUUAGGUAUUGUUGGUUGUUCACUCCCUUUCUGCGAAGCUAGUGUAUGGCUGAGGCACCGGGUUGACGAGGGGGUUGAUGAGCUGGGACAGGAGAUCACUGGGCAGUCCUUUUCAAUUUACAGUACC